AAAUUUCAAAUUUGCUGGCAGAAUUUUCUGUGCAGUCUUCUUUUUACUUGAAAAAGGAUUAAAAAAAAUAGUUUGAAGCAUUUGUAGUGUCAGUGGACCGCAUCAUACAUUUCAAACAUUUCACAAACAUAUGUGUGACUCUUGUAUAUAUUUAACCAAUGUUUGUCACCCUUGUCAACAGAAAAAAGUAACUGAUAUUAUGCUUAACCUACGCGCGAAGAGGCGGUUGUAUGCCGCGGAAAGUCUUGCCUCUGGAAGUAUUAAGUUAUAUUAAAUAUUAAAUAUCAAUUGGCCAUGAUGUUGCGGGCAUCGAUCUCUAUAUUACUUUUUAUAAGCUUUUACAGUGCACACUGUCAGGCUAUUAACGUAGAUACGAACGGCUACAUCGCCUACUGUCCCUGCAUGGGACGUUUCGGCAAUCAAGCGGAUCAUUUUCUAGGCACUCUGGCAUUUGCCAAGGCCUUGAAUCGCACCUUGCUGCUGCCAGCAUGGGUAGAGUAUCGUACAGGAGCGCUACGAUCCACACAGGUGCCUUUUAAUGCCUACUUCAACGUCUCACAAGUACAAAGUUGUCACAAAGUAUUGCUAAUGGAAGACUUCAUGGAAUUUGUUGCACCAAAGAUAUGGCCGCCUGAGGAAAGAGUAUCCUUCUGCUACAUGCCCCGUGGAGGUGGCGACUCCAACUCGUGCAACGCGAAAAGUGGAAAUCCGUUUGGCCCGUUCUGGGACACGUACAACGUAGAUUUCGUUAAAUCAGAAUUUUACUCACCGCUCCACUUUGACGUGCAUCACAGCGACAUGAAGAUACAAUGGCGAGAGCACUACCCGGCUACUUGGCCCGUACUGGCCUUCGCCGGCGCGCCCGCCACUUUCCCGGUGCAGCUCGAGAACAAGCACCUGCAGAAGUGCCUCGUCUGGAACGACGAUAUCCUGAAUAGAGCGAAAACGUUUAUUAGGACGGCGUUACCGAGAGGUGCAUUCGUUGGCGUACACCUGAGGAAUGGGAUCGAUUGGGUGCGCACCUGCGACCACAUUCCGACGACGCCGAACCUCUUCUCCGCGGCGCAGUGCGUCGGCUACCGCAACGAACGUGGCAAAGCCACCAUGUCCAUGUGUCUUCCGUCGUUCCCCGUGAUACUGCGUCACCUGAAACGCGUCAUUCGCAACGGCAGGGACAUCAAGUCGGUGUUCGUGGCGUCCGAUGACAAUCACAUGUUGACUGAAUUAAGAGAGGCUUUAGCACGCAUGCAGAUACCAGUAUUCCGGCAAGAACCGCCAGCAUCGCCUCAUUUGGACUUGGCGAUUCUUGGAAGAUCCAACUAUUUCAUAGGAAAUUGCAUCUCCUCCUUCUCCGCGUUCGUGGCCAGAGAAAGAGAAGUCAAGGGAUACCCCACGUUCUUCUGGGGUUUCCCUACUGAGAAAUCUUCCAUAGUUCACGAGGAUCUGUAGCACGUAAUAUUUAUACGUAAUAAUUUUUAUACUACGCGCUUAGAGCAGUCGUGUAAAUUUUAUUGAAGAUACGUGAUUGUAUGUGCAGAGCAAUUCGAGUCAAGCGGCGCAGCAUUCCGCGAAGUUUUCCCGUUCCCAAUAUAUAUAUAUAUAUAUUUUGUAGUAAAAUAAAAAUACUAAAAUAUUAAAUAUCGGAAAGCUGAUCCGUUCGACUCGCAUUGCUCUGUCGUCUCUGCUAUUUUACAUAGUAUAUAAAAAUAGUGUGUAAAUA